CUCAAAUAUGUUACACAAUAAUAGUGUUAAUAGUGCAAGAUUACUGUAUUGACGCAAUCCAUUGUACUGUGAUUAUUUAUUUAUAUAUAUCUUAAUACAUCCCAAUGAUACAAGUGCAAGGAGAAAAUAAAUCAGAUGCGUUAGUUUUUUAUUUUUUCAUGAGUGUCAUUAGUCUUUGUGCAAAUUUGUAGUGGAUCCCCUUGAUCAGCAAUUGUUUAAGAUGAUAAUAAUUUCCUGUAUAGACAGGAUAUGCAUUUUUGUUGGAUUACAAUGAAAAGAAGUAAACAAUCCAGAUAAAAUGGCUGAACCGACAAAUUCUGUAAAGAUAAUAACUAAUUUUAUGACAAAUUCGUCUUUGGUUUAUUAGUGCACACAAGUUGAUAAAUUGAGGAUGAUCUGCGGGUACAAUGGGUCAAUUUAAACAAAAGAAAGUCAGGCAAGUUCAUCCUAUAGAACAGUCUAGCCUUUUGUCCAAGAUCACGUUUCUAUACACCUUGCCAAUAUUUUGGAAAACACACAAAAGAGGAACCUUCGAAGAGGAUGAACUUUAUGAAGUACUCAAGAAAUGCAAAGCAGAAGAAGCCGGAAAUGAGGUCGAAAAAUGUAUUAAAGAUGACGUAAAAAAUCAUGGAUACUUGUCUCUUUUUCGAAUAUUAUGUAAAUGCUAUGGUUUAAAAUAUUUUUUACUAGGAAUGAUACAAGUGAUUGUUAGAUCUAUAGUUAUAAUAACCAUCCCUUUGACGUUAUCCAAAGUUAUAAAGUACUUUCAACCUGGUCAAGACGAAUUAUCCAGAAGCUCAGCCAUAUACUGCGCCAUCCUACUUGUACUCCUGAAUUUUCUCAGUGUGACUUACCUACACAACUACCUUCUGGUUCUAUCCGAAUUGGGAAUCAAGGUACGAACUGCAUUCUGUUCGGCCAUAUUUAGAAAAUCUUUACGACUGACCCAGAAAUCGCUGUUAGAAGUGAGCUCAGGAAAAAUUGUAACUUUGAUGACGAAAGAUGUAGCAGCGAUAGAAAACUUCAUUUUCUAUUUCAAUGACGUGUGGGUAGGAAUAGUGCAAGCGAUUAUUGUGUUUUAUUUAAUAUUUAACAAAAUGGGCGUUGGUUCUUUAAUUGGAAUUGGAUUCUUCCUGUUAGUUAUUCCUGCUCAAGUUUUAUUGGGAAAGUUGAUAUCAAAAUUAAGACUGGAAUCUAGUAAGAAGACUGAUGAACGAUUGCAAACUACCAAAGAAAUGUUGUCUGGAAUCAGUACAAUAAAAAUGAAUGUAUGGGAGUUUGAAUUUGAACACAAAAUUAACCAAACGAGGAAGAAGGAAAUGAAAGCGAUAUUGAAAAUAUUUCUUGCCAAAACCACCGUUCUGCUAAUUGGAAGUCUAACAUCAAAGAUAGCCUACUAUCUACUUUUAACCACUUUCAUCCUUUUGGGAAACACUAUUUCAGCAGAGCUGGUAUACUACAUCACAACUUUGUUUUUAAGAAUAAGACAUGCCCUCAAUGUCGCUAUACCCAUCGGUGUUACUGUUACAGCUGACAUGUCUGCAGCUAUGAAAAGAAUUCAGCAGAUGAUGACUGCUGAAGAAGUAAUUGUUAAUGACGAAAUUGAGGUUGAUCAAAAGAAAUCAUAUGUUUCACUGAACAAUUUAUCAAUUGAAGUAGAUGAUAAAGUGCUACUAAAAGAUAUUACUUUAAGAUUUGAUUCUGGUCUAUACAUUAUUAGUGGUUCGACUGGUAGUGGCAAAACGGUUCUUUUAAAAAGCAUCUUGGGUGAAUUUGAUACAAAAAGUGAUCAUAUAAUUAAAUAUGGAACUAUUUCUUAUGCUGCGCAGGAACCAUGGAUUUUCCCAGCAACUUUUAAACAAAAUAUUGUUUUUGAUGAGCCUUUCGACGAAGAACGUUAUAACCGAAUUUUGGAUAUAUGUGCUUUGGGUUUUGAUAUUGAGCAUUUUACCCUAGCAAACGACCUAAAAAUAGGUGACAAAGGUGCCAACCUCAGUAAAGGACAAAAGUCUAGAAUAAAUUUAGCAAGAGCUUUGUAUCGAAAUGCUGAUAUUUACUUAAUAGAUGAUUGUUUAUCCUCUUUGGAUGUCAACGUUCAACGCCACGUAUUUCAAAAGUGUAUCAGAGAGUUCCUCUCAGAUAAAAUAUGUAUCUUUGUUACUCAAAACCUUCAAUAUACUAACGAAAAUGACAAAAUAAUUGUAUUGAACGAAGGUAAAACAUUUGUAUCACAAAACCUAUCCGAAGAGGAUGACCAGGAUAUCAAAACCAUUUUAAAAAAAGAACAACAGUUAAAGAAUCUGAUCGAAGUUAAUAACAACGCUGAUGAGGUUAACAAUGAUGAAACCACUGAAGAAUCUUCGCUGUUGAAGAAAUUAAAUAUUGGAAGAAAUAAUAUGUACCAAGAAAAUAAAAAGUCUGGAAAAGUUGAUUUUUAUACCUAUAGAAAAUAUGGAAAUUAUGGUGGAGGAAUUUUGGUCAUUGCAAUUGUAUUGGUAUUUUUUAUUGGUUCACAAUUUUCAAAAAGUUAUACUGAAAAGAUUUUAAGCAACUGGGUAAAUCACAUUCAUCACAACACAACGAAUAUCAAUGAAGAAAAUACAGUGUGGGAUUUUUCUUUGAAGAUAUAUUCAGCGUUUACACUGUCAACCACGAUUCUUUCCAUAUUCUCAGCCUUUUUGUUAUUUAAUUUUACAAGAAAGGCUUCUAUAAAACUACAUCGAUGCUUAAGUAACACUGUAAUCAACGCAACUAUGAAAUUUUUUGAUAGUCACCUAAUUGGAAACAUUAUUAACCGAUUUUCGAAGGAUCUUAGCAUUGUAGAUGAACAAAUUCCUUUUGCAAUAUAUGAAUUUUUAGAAAUUGUUUUGAGUUUAUGCGGAGUAAUAAUUCUAAUAACAUUAGUAAACGUUGGGUUCAUUAUACCAACUGCUGUAGUUUUCAUACUUUUGUAUUUUUUAAGAAAACUUUACUUGCCAACUGGUCGAAAUCUGCAGAGACUGGAUACAGCAGUUCGAAGUCCAAUGCUUGGCCAUUUAAACUCAUCUCUCGAAGGACUUUCAACUAUUAGAGCAUUUAAAGCCGAAGAAACCAUUAGCAAAGAAUUUGAUAGACAUCAAGAUUUAUAUACAUCUGCAAACUAUACUUCAAAAUGCUGCCAGAGGGCUUUUGGGUACUACUUGGAUGUUUGUUGUACUACAUUUAUAGGUGCUAUUAUUGCAGCGUUCAUCAUUGUUGGAAAAGAAACUGCUGUUGGGGAUGUUGGUUUAGCAAUAACACAAGCGUUUAUGUUGAAUGGCAUUGCCCAAUACGCCAUUAGGCUUUGGGCAGAUAUUGAGAAUAAAAUGACAUCGGUAGAACGGAUUUUGGAAUACGUUGGUAUAAAAACAGAAGACAAUGACCUUAGGGACAUAUUUAAAGAUUGGACUUCAAACAAUAUAAUCCAAUACAAAAAUGUUAAUUUUCGUUACGAUAAUAGUCAACAGUAUAUUUUAAAAAACAUUAAUAUUACAAUUAAUAAAGGAGAAAAAGUUGGAAUAAUUGGAAGAACAGGUUCAGGAAAGUCUUCAUUGAUAACUUUAUUACUUCGGCUCUUUGAUUACGAAGGGAAAAUCACCAUUGGUAAUGAAGAUAUCCAAAGUCUUCCGCUUACAUUACUUCGUUCAAAAAUAUCCAUAAUUUCUCAAGAUCCUGUGCUUUUUUCGGGAACAAUAAAAAGCAAUAUGGCACCUAAAGUUUUCGGUGUAUACCCAGACGAAGACAUUUGGAAGGUCAUCCAUAAGCUGGAGUUAACAACAAUAAUAGAUUCUCUAGAUUUUCAAAUAUGCGAAGGAGGAAAAAAUUUAAGUGCUGGACAAAGGCAAUUAAUCUGUCUUGCCAGAUGCUUGUUGCAUCAAAACAAAAUCAUUCUUUUGGAUGAAGCAACUUCAGAGAUGGAUCAGGGAUCUGAGUCUUUGUUCAACAACAUUCUGGAGAAACAAAUUUUGGACUGUUAUAGUUUUCGAAGUACAGUUAUAGUUGUGGCCCAUAGUCUAAAAACUAUUCUAAAUUGUGAUAGAGUCCUAGUGGUACAAAAUGGAGAAAUUGUUGAAAAUGGCGCAGUUAGUACUUUGGCACAAGAUGAACAAAGCCUAUUUUAUAAUAUGCUAAAAAGUUCUGGGUUAUUGACUAUAUAAAAGUACAUUAAAUAUAAUGUAUAAUUGGGUAAUAUUACAAAGGCAGUAUUUUUUAAACUUAUGUAUUAUUCUUUAUCAUUAUACAGGGUGUCCCGAAAAGAUUGGUCAUAAAUUAUACCACAUAUUCUGGAGUCAAAAAGAGUUCGAUUGAACCUAACUUACCUUAGUACAAAUGUGCUCAUAAAAAAAGUUACAGCCCUUUGAAGUUACAAAAUGAAAGUCUAUUUUUUUCAAUAUAUCAAAAACUAUUAAAGAUUUUUUAUUGAAAAUAGGCAUGUAUCAUUUUUAUCGCAACAACAUCUUAAAACAAAAUUAUAGUGAGAUUUGUCCACACCAUAAAAAUUUUAUGGGGGUUUUGUUCCCUUAUACCUCCCCAAACUUUUGUCUACGUUAAAAUUAAUUCAUUAUUGUGGUACCAUUAGUUAAAAACAAUAUUUUUAAAACUUUUUUGCCUCUUAGUAUUUUUUCGAUAAGAGAGUUGUUAUCGAGAUGCGGCUUCUUUUUUAAUAUAUUUACAUAAAAAUUGUAUGGGGGUUUUGCUCCUUUAAACCCCCCAAAUGUUUGUGUACGUUCCAAUUAAAUUAUUGUUGUGCUACCAUUAGUUAAACACAAUGUUUUUAAAACUUUUUGCCUCUUAGGUUUUUUUUUGAUGUCAGCUUUUAUCGAGAUGUGGCUUCUUUUUCAAAAUAUACCUAAAAAUGUAAAUGAUAAAUAAAUUUUCAGAUUAUCAAUAGGUCUCUAUAAUCGUACUUCACCAUAUACAAAUAUGUGGUGAAUUCGACAAAUAUUCAAAAUAUCUCGAUAAACACUGGCUUAUCAAAAAAGUACUGAGAGGCAAAAAAGUUUUAGAAACAUUGUGUUUAACUAAUGGUGUCACAAUAAUAAUUUAAUUGGAACGUACACAAAAGUUUGGGGGGGUUUAAGGGAACAAAACCCCCAUAAAAUUUUUAUGGGGCGAUCAAAUUUCACUUUAUUUUUUUUUUAAGAUGCUGGUGCUGUAAGAAUGCCACAUGUCCAUUUUCAAUAAAAAAUCUCUAAGAGUUCUCGAUGUAUGAAAAAAAAUCGAUUUUCAUUUUGUAACUUCAAAGGGCUGUAACUUUUUUUGUGUGCACUAUUGUAUAUAGGUAAGUGAGGUUGAAUCAAUCUUUUUUUGGCCCUAGAAUUUGUGGUAUAAUUUAUGACCAAUCUUUUCGGGACGCCCUGUAUAAACUCUCGAAAUUUAGAAAAAUAUUAUUUUCACGUUAUUUUCAUCAUUUUAUAUAACUCAUCCUCUGAUUUUAAGUUAUUAUACUCCAAACAUAAGCAA